AUGUCGUCCUCGGCCGUUCCUCUCCUCAGACCACCGGUGCCUGGCAAUCGCAGCAACGGACCUCGACCUCCAAAACUCACGCUGGGCAUUCCUCCAUCCCCCAACAGCAGACCCGUCGACGGGAAUGGCGUCGGCCCCGCAGUCGCAGCAGCAGCAGCAGCCCCCGAAGCUCCCCAGCCUCAGCGACCUUCUACUCGUCCCGCUCCUCCUCAGCUGCGACUCGCGACCCCAUGGGAAGUGCCCCGACUGGCGAAUGGCAGACCAGCCCCUCCGCCUCUGGCAACCACGGGGUUGAACGAAUCGAACGGACAUUCGAGAUCCAGCAGUUUUACGUAUCUGGAUGGGAAAGCUAGCGGUCCGGCAUCCGCAUCAUCGUCGAAUUACUCCGCCCUCUCAUUCGCCAUGGGUCUCCGGCAACCGCACGGCAGCACUCCAGAUCCCUCGUCUGCGAUCAGCUCGGUGUACUCCGACAGGGAGGGAGGUGUGCAGAUGGAGCGCGAUAACAGCGUCAACGGACUUCUUCCCGAUUUGGAUAAGUUGAGUCUGGAAAAGGGCAGGCCCCUGGACGUUGAUGAUUUGGAUGAUGAAGGGGCUGGUGGUGCCGUUACACGUUGCAAGCUCAAGGACGGCAAGACCGUUUUUGCCCUGAAGAUCAUCACGACCGACCCAAACCCAGAUGUGAAGAAGCAGAUUGUUCGAGAACUCAACUUCAACAAGGACUGUGCGUCAGAACACAUCUGCCGCUACUACGGCGCUUUCAUGGACAAGUCCACGGGAACAAUCUCGAUUGCGAUGGAGUUUUGCGAAGGAGGAAGUUUGGACAGCAUUUACAAGGAGGUUAAGAAAUUGGGAGGGCGAACAGGAGAAAAAGUGCUCGGCAAAAUCGCUGAAGGCGUCUUGAAUGGUUUGACAUACCUACAUAGCAGAAAGAUUAUCCAUCGAGAUAUCAAACCUUCAAACAUUCUCCUAUGCCGAAACGGCCAAGUGAAGCUCUGUGACUUUGGCGUCAGCGGCGAGUUCGGGACCAAGGGAGACGCCAACACAUUCAUCGGUACAUCCUACUAUAUGGCUCCUGAACGAAUCACUGGCCAAUCUUAUACCAUUACAUCCGACGUUUGGUCCCUCGGUGUGACGCUGCUGGAGGUUGCCCAACAUCGUUUCCCGUUCCCCGCCGAUGGCACCGAGAUGCAGCCACGAGCCGGAUUGAUAGAUCUUCUUACAUACAUUGUUCGCCAACCGAUUCCCAAGCUGAAAGAUGAGCCCGAAAACCGUAUUCGCUGGUCCGAUAACUUCAAAUACUUUAUUGAAUGCUGUCUCGAAAAAGAACCUCCACGAAGAGCUACACCAUGGCGGAUGCUGGAACAUCCCUGGAUGCUGGACAUGAAGAAUAAAAAGGUUAACAUGGCCAACUUCGUCCGGCAGGUGUGGGGCUGGCAAGAUUGAUUCCCCCAGUCCUGGACUCUCUGCAGAUUUCAGCCUUCAUUAAAUCCGUUUCAUUCCCUAAUCACCACCCACCGACCGCAACAUUGACUUAAUCUCAUCUACAAUAAUGCCCUUGCAUAUAUUACGGUCUCUCCUUCAACGCUUAACAAGUGGCUGGGCCUUCUUGAUUGACCAGGAUGUCAAAAAGCAUACGAAACCUUGCAUUAUGACGACAUUCAUUACCUCUCAUUGCAAUGUCAUUCCUUUGAGUGAGCAGCUGGAGUUGAAUCAUAUUCUUCUUGGUUUCCACUUUCUCAUACUUUUGUUCCGCAAUGUUUCUUCAAAAUUUGAGAAGAGUUCGAAGACAUCUGCCGGCGAGCAGCAGUGCUGACGCUUUUUUUUUUUUUUUUCAUGGAUGCCGAACGGGAUAGCUGGGACUCGAUCUCUUUGUGAGUUUUCAAUGUCGGUUCAGCCUGAUUCUUCUUGAGUAGCUGCAUCUGUGUGUGUUGU